AUGGCCAUGGAGUUCCAAACGUCUAUGUUUGCCAGCUGGCCUUCCUGGUGUAGGGGUAAGCCUACUCUGAAAAUGCCAGUAUUACGUAUUAACAACUUCACUGAGUUGGUUUUAAGGAACCUUAUUGCUUACGAGCAGUACUUUGGACAUGAUACUUAUGUCACGUCUUAUGCCAUGGCCAUGGGUAUGCUAGUUAAUACUGAAGAAGACAUUGCCAAGUUGAUAAAAUCGAAAGUCCUCAUCAACCAUAUAGGUUCAAAUGAGAAGGCUGCAAACGCCAUGAACAGCCUUUGCAAAGAACUUCCAGUGCUAAAUUUCUGUUACGUUGAUGAGUGGAAACAAUUAGAUGUCCGCUACAAUAGUUACUGGCCCAAAAAUAUUGCGGCAUUAAAGCGUACAUAUUUUAGCAGUCCAUGGAGUAUGAUUGCUCUAAUUGCUGGAGUCGCCCUCUUUGCUCUUACCGUGGUUCAAACCAUCUAUACUGUUAAUGCCGCAUAG